AUGGAGACAAAUGCUGCUUCAUUCGUAGAUGCUGUCUCUCACGAAGACGUGCUGCGGAAACGAUUGAAGACGUCUGUAGACGACACGACGGUCAAGAAGCAGGAGGACCCCCAGGUCAAGAAGCAGGAAGAUUCGCAGGGAAAAAGACGGAUAAAACGAUGUGGCGCCGUGACGGCACCGAAAGUGCCUGCAACUGGGAUGAUCAACAAUGCCGAAUACGAUGGUUGGGAUGCGAUGCUAGCAUUGCUGCGGCAGCGAGAGCAGGAUAAAGCGGAGCAAAAGAUGAUGGAACGGCUCGGGGCGAAGAGCGGUAGCAGCAGCAGUAAGACCAAGUUCACGUCGAGUGAAGUGGGCGAGCGCUGGACGGGAGGUAAUGCGAGUGUGAUGGAGAUUGAGUACGACAAACCAGGCUCGGUGCGCGAAUGGGAUUUGGGCAAGGACUUGAGUUUCUAG